CUCUCGUUCCUCAUCCUUUCUUUCAAUUUUCAGCAGCUCUACUACCCAAUUCUCCUAAAGCCGGAACUCCGCCAUUUCCCGAAUUUCGAACUCUCCCCGUCGUCUUCUAACCGAUUCCGAUCAACGUACAAUUCUCAGUGCUAUGACUCUCAACUUGGGUUCCCCAACGCUCUAUCGCCUCCUCCACCCUCCCGCUCCUCACCUCUCCAAGCUCCGCGACGUCUCUCUUCCAACCAACAACUUCACCAACACUCUCCUUACUCUCUUACUAGCCACCGCCACCGGCUUCCGCGCCUCUCCUAAAGCCUUUAGAGCCAGAGCUUCGCUCGGCGAAGCAGCCGCCGCCUGCAACUUGUUCGACGACAAUGCGUUGCUCCUACGAGUCUCUUCUGCUAAACACGCCGAUGAGGCCUUGGAGAUAGUCGCUGAGCUGACGCAGCGGAGCAGCGGCGUGGUUGGCGUGCAAGACUGUUGUUCGAUUAUAAACGCCGCGCUUGAUCGGAACAAUUUUGAGCUGGCCUUGUCUGUUUUCUACGCCAUGCGUUCGAGUUUCGAUCAAGUUGUUAGUGAGAAUGACGGUUUGGUUCAGAGAUGGAAAUGGUCGAGGCCGGAUGUUAGUGUUUACACGGCUUUAGUGCGGGGCCUCGCUGCGUCGUUGAAGGUCUCGGAUGCGCUUAAAACGAUUGAUUACAUUUGUCGAGUCGGAGUGUCUCCUAGUGAAGAGGUGCCUUUCGGAAGGGUUGUUAGGUGUCCGACUUGUUUCGUUGCUGUUGCAGUUGCACAACCACAGCAUGGGGUUCAGAUUGCAUCCUGUUCCAAGUGCCGCUAUCAGUACGAGCUAGUUUCUGGAGACAUAACUAGUAUCAGCUCAGAAGAAAUCAGGUUGGAACUCCCUCCUGCCGAACGCAGCAUGGAUCUUCCUGCAUGGGAAAGGGGGCUAAGGUUUCUGCAAGUAAUGAAGCGAAGAAUUCCUGCAGCUGUUCAUUCUAUUGUGGUACAGACACCUUCUGGUACAGCACGUACACAAAGGUUUGCUACUGAAACAGUCGAUCUCCCAGCCCAAGAAGGGGAAAGGGUAACUAUUGCAUCAGCUGCUCCAUCCAAUGUAUACCGAAGCGUGGGACCCUUCAAAUUUAGUCCAAAGGCCUCUAAUGUCUAUCCUGGGGAGCCUAUGUGCCUUACCAACCAUGUUAAUGGCCGGGAGUCUCCACUGUUGAGAGCUCCUGCGAAAGAUGGGAGACUAUCCUUGCUUAAUCCCGCUGUGCUUAUUCCUCUUGCUGCAGUUCUGGCAACUGGAGAUGUUGCAUCAGGAAUGGUUGACCCCAGCUUGCCUCGGUUACUUUCAGUUGCUGCGUUUACAUCUGUUAGUGUUGGGGCAGCCCUAAAUACGUUAGUUUUGCCUCAGAUGAAUCAGCUUCCUCAGAGGUCAGCUGAUGCCAUAUCUAUCAAACAGCAGCUAUUGUCUCAAUAUGACGUCCUCCAGGCCCGCAUCAAGGAUCUGAAAGAAGCUGCUGAAAAGGAGGUUUGGAUGUUAGCUCGCAUGUGCCAGCUGGAGAACAAGAUAUUUGCUGUAGGAGAACCUUCUUAUCGUGCCAGAAGAACUAGAGUGAAAAAGGUCCGUGAAGGCUUGGAAGACUCCCUCAAAGGGCGGAUUGAACUUAUUGACAGCUAUGCUAGAAUUUCCUCAAUGAUUGAAAUUGAGGUAGAAAUGGACUCUGACGUUCUUGCUGCUGAAGCGGUUGGCAAUGCAGAAAGCAUUGCUGAACAGAUAGAGCAAAUCAUGGAGCUGGAAGAUCUUGAAGAGAGGUGGAAGCUACAAGCAGAAGCAAAUGAUGAAGCCGAAAGACUCCUCGGUUCUCAAACGGUGCCUACCGAAUGGCUUUAAAUUACUGCUCAUCACACACACAGAUAUUAACUAAUCCCAACACCCAAAAUUUCUGGUUGACAUACGCCUUCUGCGCCAACGGUAAAACCAGCUUCACACGUAGAAACGAGUAUCCUAGAGACGCUGAACGUUUUCCAGGUUCAUCGAUCGUGUUCCCAAGCAGUAGCGAGUAGAGAUGGACAAAAACCUGCUAUGCCAUGGGAACUAUGCUGCCUCAGCUGCUGAGUCUUGGAAAUGUACCGUAGUAUUGAAAUCUGAAUGAGCCUUCUCUUGGUAAGACUUCUUUGGUGGUUGUCAUUCAUACAUGAUUUUAAGACAUUAUGUAUUUCGUAGAUGGAAUCAUAAGAAUGUGUUCUGUGAUAGUUUGUUGGAAUUGCAACGGUGGAGUGUGAAAAGUGAAAUGUUUGGUUUUCGUACUAGAUUCAGGCAAGAAAGAUGAUGAAUUGUCACAACCAUGUGUGCUUUCAGAAUCCCUGAUUAUCAAACAACCUCUGUUUAUCUUAUUGCUUGGACGGUUCACUUUUAAGCCGACCGCUUGGUUCGAUGAAUUACCUUGUGCUAGGAGCUUGUGAUCUCACUUUGCUUGUGUUUCACGAAACAUUUCCUCACAUUUUACAAUGUCCAGCUGGACGGUUCAUAUCCAUAUAUCAUAUAUGUAGAAAAGUGGUCCUUGUAUUGAUUGACGCAGAGAAGAAGAGGCAGUUAAAUUUGGACAAGGAAGCUUUGUGUACAACUUAAGAAAGGCCGUCGGCACUUUUAGUUUUAUCCACUUUACUUCACAGGUUUGUCUUGCUUCCUUUCUCCUUGUCACGAGUCUAUUGGUAUUACAAAUUUAAAAUACAGACUGAAAUUAUACUCAAGAGUCAAGAGCCCCCCCAAAAGGAAAAGGUUAAAAGCCUACAGUUAGGACAUUGGAGGGGCACUUUGAGUCGAGGAGAGAACCUUAUGGGUUUCAACCUGUUCUUUGCUGUAAAGACAAAAAACCAACCUACCAUCCAGUUCACGUAAUUGGGUUUUUUUUUUUUUUUUUUUUUUGUGGUGGGUGUCCUGAGCUGGCUACUGGAGUGAUUGGGUGAGACGCACAUUCCCUUGAAAAUUUGCUGUCCUGUUUCUUGGUCUCCUGUUAUACUUUUGAGCCAUAUAGUCCAGAAGCAAAAUCUCCCGUUUCACUGUAAAGAAAGCUGUAUUAGUUUAUAACUAGAGAUAGGUUAAUUGGCG